AGCCCGGGAGGUGCUGAAGGGACAGUUCCCGCCGCCUUACUUGCCCCGCAGCGGGUGGGUGGGGCGGCCCUAGAGCCAGCUGGGCACGUGAGCGAUGGAGACCAUCUGGAUCUACCAGUUCCGCCUCAUCGUGAUCGGGGACUCCACAGUGGGCAAGUCGUGCCUCUUGCACCGCUUCACUCAGGGCCGCUUUCCCGGCCUGCGCUCCCCAGCCUGCGACCCCACCGUCGGCGUGGACUUCUUCUCCCGCCUGCUGGAGAUCGAACCGGGCAAGAGGAUCAAGCUGCAGCUCUGGGACACGGCGGGACAGGAGCGGUUCAGAUCAAUAACUCGAUCUUAUUACCGCAACUCGGUUGGUGGAUUUUUAGUAUUUGACAUUACUAACCGACGAUCUUUUGAACAUGUGAAAGAUUGGCUAGAAGAAGCAAAAAUGCAUGUACAGCCAUUUCAGAUUGUAUUUCUGCUAGUGGGACAUAAAUGUGAUUUAGCUUCACAACGUCAAGUUACAAGGGAAGAAGCUGAAAGACUGUCAGCAGACUGUGGUAUGAAGUAUAUAGAAACCUCAGCAAAAGAUGCUACAAAUGUUGAGGAAUCCUUCACUAUCUUGACAAGAGACAUAUAUGAGCUUAUUAAAAGGGGAGAAAUUUGUAUUCAGGAUGGCUGGGAAGGGGUUAAAAGUGGUUUUGUUCCAAAUACUGUGCAUUCUUCUGAGGAAGCAGUAAAACCCAGGAAAGAGUGCUUCUGCUGACUUCAUACAUGCCAAAGAACUAAGAACAGAUUGGGUGUCAUUUCAGGAUAAAUACCAACAUUAACAACAGAAUGAUGUAAUGAAAGCAUUUUAAAAAGUUAUAAACCCAUGCUAACACUAUUUUGUAAGGUAUUUGAUUCAGAGCAUUUCUGGAAACUGGAGUAUCUACAUAAUUACCUCCAUUCUCACUUUGUUAGCAUAUAACUGACCAUAAUAUCCAAAUAUGUCAAUAUUACUCAUUUUUCUUGACAGUUUGAAAUGGAUGUUUUGUGCAUAUAUAAUCUGAUUGAAAAGAUUUUACCAGGAAUUACAUUCUCUAAUGUUAAUUAAUUAAUAUUAAAUAGUAAAGUGGAUUUAAAAGUGCACUGUUUACUUAUAAAGUAAACAAUCACAGAGUUAUUAACUAGGCCUAAAAUAACAAUUCCUUGUUUAAGGUACCAGGUUUUUAACCAUUCUCUGAAAUAUUUAUUCUCCCUUAAU